AUGAUCACCAGCUCGUUGAAUCGGACCGCGUCGCUUGCGACCUUGGCUAUAGUAUGCCUCGUUUUCUUUGUUGACAUUGCAAAUCUGGGCAUGGCCAACAUCGCCCUUCCGACCAUUCAGAAAGCUCUUGGUUAUGACGAAGGAUCGCUGCAAUGGGUUCUGACAGCUUAUUCGCUGACGUUUGGCGGCUUUCUAAUGGCUGGAGGUCGUCUUGGUGAUAUUUUCGGCCAUAGACAUGUCCUCCUUUUCGGCAUGACGCUGUUCAACAUUGCAACGCUGGUCUGUGCUCUUGUUAAUGAUAAAAUUGGACUUGUUGUUGGGAGAGCGUUUCAAGGGGUUGCGGCGGCUUUCACAAUCCCUUCAGCGCAGUCCCUGGUUGCCUUGUCAUUUGAGGAUUCUGCAGCGCGGGUCAAAGCUUUUGGCGCUUGGGGUGCGUGCGGUUCGAGUGGCUUUGUUUUCGGACCCAUCCUUGGCGGCGUGUUCACCUCGCUUGUCUCUUGGGAAUGGAUAUUCUGGAUCUCCCUCAUCGUCGAAGGCGCCCUUGAGAUCGCGGCCAUUGCUCUUCUGCUUACAAACAAUUUGCCUGACGCGGUAGCCGCAGACAGCAACAAAUGGUCGAAUUUGCAUAUUCGGCUUGAUGCGCUUGGCACUUUCUUUUCCGUGUCAGGUCUGAUCCUCCUCGUCUACGGGCUAACGAAUGGCAAUGUCCACGGUUGGGACAAAGCGGAUGUUAUUGCAACUUUGGUUGUUGCCGUAGCAUUACUGUCAAUCUUCGUAUUUGUUGAGUUCAAGGUCUCCCCUGACCCUAUUCUGCCUCGUCAUCUUUGGGACGAUCGAAUCAAAGUUCUGGGCUGUGCGGUAGCUGCCUUGACAUAUGCGGUAUGGCAGGGUUCAAACUAUCUAUUGACUCUUCAGCUUCAGAAUUUCGGAUACUCCGCCCUAUCAACAGCCCUCCACUUCCUUCCACUAGGUAUAACCGCCUGUGUCGUCAACUUCGUCAUUCCCUUUCUCCUGGCCCCCGUUGGUCCCCGCAAUUUGCUUAUUACCAGCUGGAUCCUAGGUCUGGUGGGUGUUGUUUUGCUCACUCGCAUGGGCAACAGCAAUGAAUAUUGGCAAUUCUGUCUUCCUGGCAUGAUACUGUAUAUUGCCGGCAUCGGAACGGUGUACUUCGUUGGCAAUGUGACGGUCAUUGCUACAGCGAAGGAAGAGCAUCAGGGGACUGUCUCUGGCGUUUACAACAUGUUCCUCAACGUUGGCGGCGCCGUUCUUGGUGUUGCAGUACUGACUGUGAUCUCUGACUCUGUUGCAUCAAGUAACGGCGGGAAGAGCAACCCCCAGGCAAACCUGGAGGGUUACCGCGCUGGAUACUAUGCUGCCAUCGCUAUGAUUGCCAUCGGACUUAUUCUGUCGGUUUUCUUCGUACAUAAAAAGAAGGGCCAUCAGCAGAAGCAGCAGCCACAGCGGCAAGGAAGAGAACAACAGGGAUACGAACAGCAAAGCGAAGCUGACAAGAAGAAAGCGGAAAAGGAAGAAACCCCGGUUUCUGGAACUGAGGCGGCAAGCGCAACAGUUGGUGAAGAGACCGAAAGCAGAACAAAGGGACGAAUCAGGGCGGCUGGGUCUUCAGAAGAGGAGAAUGGUGCUGUCUGA